GCCCAAACCCAAACAAACAAAUUCAAACCGGAGAAAUUAGAAUGAUAAUUUUAUUUUCUUUCCAAAAUAUUUAAUUUAUUAUUGUAUACAGAAAUCGUAAUCCAAGUUUUUUAGUUGUACAAACACAGAAUACGAUUUUGAUUUGAUGGAGAGUUAAUAUGGAGAGGUACAAUGAGUACGGAGUCAACUUGUGAUGAAACAACCAGCUCGAGCCAGCAGUCUACUACCGCUUCUACUUGCACCUCACCCAGCUUCCUACAAGAGUCAUACUCGUACAGCUCCUCCAGCCAGGCUACUCCAGUGUCUGGGUCUUUACAAUGCUACAGCAAUAUCAGCACUAGCAGGGAAAAUGAAAUUUAUGUGACUCUAAAUAAGAUCAAAAGUCCCAACCUCCUUGGACAUGAUGAGGAAAACAAACUCAAGCCCAAAAAGUCAGCGGCGUCGAGCAAAUGUCCGAGUGCUGUGGCGCAGAGGAAAAAAAGGAAGAAGAAAAAAGCUACAAUAUGCACAUCCUACUGCAAGUACGACAUUAUACGAAGGAUCGCAUCCAGCCUGGGCAUGAGGGAAGUAGGAGAACGAGACCUAUGGAACCUUAUGUGGACUGACAGCUUCAUAUCUGUAGAACGAGCUAAGGAAAUGAGGAGAUUCCAGAAAGUAAAUCAUUUUCCUGGAAUGUCCGAAAUUUGUCGCAAAGAUCUGCUCGCACGAAAUCUUAAUCGCAUGCUCAAAUUCUUUCCAAAAGAAUAUAACUUCUUUCCCAAAACUUGGUGUCUUCCUUCUGACCUAGGAGAAGUGUUGCAGUAUUCUAGAUCACAUCGCAACAAGACCUUCAUUUUGAAGCCAGACUUGGGCUGUCGAGGACGAGGCAUCUUCCUAACACGCAACUUGAAAGACGUCAAGCCAUUUGAGAGGAUGAUUUGUCAAGUGUACAUAUCAAAGCCGUUCCUAGUCGAUGGUUUCAAGUUCGACAUGAGAGUUUACACACUUAUUUCUUCUGUGGACCCUCUGAGAAUUUACGUAUACAAUGACGGACUUGCAAGGUUCGCCACCAGCAGAUAUUGUGACCCAGCGCCUCACAACAUCACCAACAUGUACAUGCAUCUGACCAACUACUCGGUCAACAAACACAGCAGGACCUACGUUGUGGACGAAGAGGCUGGCAGUAAAAGACGUAUAUCGACGUUGAACAACUGGUUAGAGCGUAAGCAGUACAACGUUUCCCAGAUCUGGGCGAGUAUUGACGACAUCAUAAUCAAGACUGUGAUAGCUGGACAUCCCACUCUCAAACACUCGUAUCACGCCUGCUUUCCUUGCCACGACUUUACCUUUGCGUGCUUUGAGAUCCUCGGCUUUGACAUCAUACUCGACUACAAGCUCAAACCUUACUUGCUAGAGGUGAACCACUCACCGAGCUACCACACAGACGCGGAGCUGGAUAAGGAGGUGAAGGAGAGUUUGUUGAAGGACACCUUCACUAUACUCAACUUGACCAGGUGUGACAAGAGGCGGGUGAUGGAGGAAGACAGGCAGAGGGUGAGGGACAGGUUGAUGCAAGCUAUCGCUACAAGGGCUAAUUUACCUGACAUGAACCCGCUCGACUCGCUGGCUACACAGAUCAAGUGGGAAGAGAGUCACUUGGGCAACUACAGGCAAAUCUACCCUUCACCCUCUGACUCCAAAUACCAGGUGUUCUUCACACAGACACAGAGCUCGCUGUUCCAGGAGACAUUCGCGUCACGGGCCAGGGAGGAGGCAGGGCGGCUGCACAGGGAGGAGUUUGAGAUGAAACUGCGAGGCGAAGCCAACUUGCGCAUUGGAAACAAGGAGAAACAACCAAACCCAGAGUCUCCGCUGACAAAGCCUAAGAUAAAAAAGAUCCCAGUGAAAAAGAAAGCUCCCUGCAAUUCCUUUGAUCCGGUGCCAAUCAUUGAGGAGGAAGAAAAGGAAAGACAAGCGUUGAUGGCUCAAAGAGACUUUCUAGUCAGGAGUUUCAGAGUUGAGGAUCAGGUGAAGUCUGUUUUGAAAAACAUGAGUUUCGAUAGACAGAAAAACAACGAAGGGACAAAUGAUCACAGAGAAGACAGUUUGAGUAACUUCCAUCCUCCGUUACCUCCGAGAAAGUUGUGUUCCUUACAAACGAAGCAGAACACCGUAGAGAACUGUUCAAACAACUCCCAGAAACUGAAAGAAAACUCAGUCAAUUGUCAGCCAGUUAAAGGAACCGUUAUUGAACCGCCUGUUUCAUUGAAUGCCAAGGGCAAGGCUGAAGCUUAUUUCAACGACAGGUGGCACACUCCUAAGAGUCUAAGUGCCAAACCAUCUUCAGUGUUUCCUCAAAAGUUGACUCUCAAACCAUCUAUCCCUGGACUGCAGGUGAUGUGUAACGAGGCGACCAUCAGAGUGAGGCCUGACUUGCCGGCGUCGGCGCAGUGGCCCACAGUCGGCGCAAAGAGCACCAAGACUCAUAUCGCGAGACACUUCUCAAACACUGUCAAGAUUCACGGACUAGAGCGACGACUCAGCAACGAGAAGUUUAUCUUCCAAUGACACUUGCUCAAUUCAUUUUUGCUCAGUGUUUUUACGUUUGUUGUAUUGGAUUUUGAUGAAAUUUACUGUUGAAAUU